CAUUGUUGGCCGAAGCUAAAAGCGCUAUGGAAGAGAACUCCAUCAGAAUUAUGAUCUAGACCACCCAGAACCAGGUUGUCGGGGUCAUAGCGCAUAUGCAAAGAAUUUGAAGUAAGAUUGCGCUCAAGGGAUCAGUGGCAAUGGAAGCCUUAAAACAAUGUGUCUCUUUGCUGUUCUUUUGUUCUUCUUGAUCUUCAGCUUUUCUCGAAGCCGUCCAUUCGUUCUUUUGAUCAUAUCAUUCCAAGCCACUCCUUCAACAUGCUGUCCAAGACCGGAAGUGGCGUCCUUCUCCUGCAAGCCGCAUCCCUUCUCUCGGGCGCGGCAGCCCGUUGCCUCCGGACCUGCCCGGCCGAUGACCCGCUUCUCAACCUCCUCCGUUCCGAGUCGGCCCCCUCCGACUUCUGCCGUGACUUCCUCGGCCUUCCUGUUUCCACGCUCGUAACAACCGUCACCCCAACCGUCGUAGCCACCGUGACCGAAACCAGCUACGUCACCGAGGUCGUCACCGAAGUCGACACGACCAUCACCGUCACCCUCCCUGCCGACGAGUCUCCCAGCAUCACCGUCACCGUCACCCCCGCAAAGCGUGACAAUGCCUACCCAACCUGGCUCCCAACCAGCUACGGCGAAAAGUACAUCUCCCAAGCCUGCUCCUGCCUCAGCCUCCCCCCCACCAUCAGCACCGUAACCUCCACCGCCGAUGCAGUCACCCUCACCGACGCAACCACCAUCACCGAAACCACAACCGAAACAAUCCACACCACCGCCAUCGCCACCGAAACUGCCAAGCCCGCUCCCAAGCCAGUCAAGCGCAUGAUCAAAAUCGAGGCUAUCCGCAAAAACGCGGGUACCCCCCUAGGAUGGAUCCACAACAGCAACGGUCCCGCCAUCACAAACAGCAACAAUCAGCAGCCUACUUUAUUCGAAUUCAACCUCCUCGAGAACGAGACUGUCGGGUCCCAGCUGCGACUGAGCUCCUCGUUUGGCCCGCUUGGGUUUAACAAGGAUAGCCAUCCUAGUACUAUCGUCGAGCUGGAGGAUAAUUAUGGUUCUCUCAAGUUUGUCGCGCCUACUGAGCCGGGGGCGGUUCCUCAGACGGUGGAUGGGGGGAAGAACAAGUACGCGAGUGAUAUUUGGAGCGUUGAUACGGAGACGAGGGAGAUUACCUGGCAGUGGGUUGCUACUGAUGGAGGGGCUCCCGAUAUCAAGCUGUACCACGUGUCUGGCCGUCUUUAUCCUGUUGGUGAUGUGGAGAGGUUCAUGUACGCUACUGGCAAUGCUAUUGGCGCGAGGGAGGAGGUCAGGUUGGUGUAUACUUUGGUUGGGGAGUCUGUUUUGUAGAUUUCUUUGGUUGAGGAAUAGAGUUGGUUGUCUACUUUGUUUGGAGCAGCAAGUCAUCGUCAUUUUGCAAUUGAAUUGUCUUUUGUGA